AUGGUUCAAACCGUGCCUCCCAACCUUGAUAAUAUUCAAGGCGAUAUCUGGCCUGGUCUGUCGAAGAAGUACGAGCAGUUCUUCUUCUUCCAGAUCACUUCUCCCGAUGCCUUCAAGCCGAGUCUGAAAAGACUCCUGGAUGCUAAGAAGAUUACGACGUCGAAUGAUGCUCUGAAUAACAGGAAGAAAAUACAUGAGCUUAAGACCUUGAAGCCGGGUGAAAUGCACGAUGUUGCGGCGCUCUUCCCCGAGGCCGUCGGCGGCUUCAAAGAUGAUCCCUAUAUCAAGGGAAUGCAAGGGGAUUUGGUAAACGAAGGCAGAGACAGAAUCGAGGAGUGGGAUGAUGCCUUCAAGGAUGGUGGCGUUGAAGGUGUAUUCUUUGUUUGCGGCACUGAAAAGAAGGUCAAAGAGACCACCGCAGAACUUGCUAAGGAUUACUUCAAUGAAGCCCAUGGAAUUAAACACGUCAUUACCAUUGAUGGACGGCAGCGAGAUGGUGAGAUGGCAAAGCAUGAGCACUUCGGCUUCUUGGACUCCAUUUCGCAGCCUCGGUUGACCAACUUCGACGAGAAGUGCCAGGAGGGCGAUGGCAACUACCAAUUUAUGUGUCGUCCUGGUCGCAUCAUCCUGGGACACGAUGGAGAUAUGGACAACGAGAAGAAGCUCAUGCACCCGGACUGGGCCACAGAUGGCAGCUAUCUCGUCAUCCGUAAAUACCAGCAAUUUGUCCCUGAGUUCAACAAGUAUUUGAAGGAGGAGUCUCAGAGGCUCCAUUUUACUGAAGAUCAGCUGGGAGCUCGACUGAUGGGUCGCUGGAAGAGCGGUUGCCCUGUUGAACUGCACCCCGAUCAGGACAACCCAGCCGCUGCCAGAAUGAACGAGUUCAACUACCCCACUGACAGCCACAAGAACUGUCCAUUUGCUUCACACAUGCGCAAGGUCAAGCCCCGUAGCAUCGUCAGCGAUAGAGACAUGAACGAUAUCAUGCGUCGUGGUAUCCCCUAUGGCCCAGAAGUGGAACCCGAUGAGACCGAGACCAAGCUAGACCGAGGUCUCAUGUUUACAUGCUACCAGUCCAGUAUUUCCAACGGCUUCCAGUUCCUGCAAAGAAGCUGGAUCAACCUGAAUACUUUCCCAGAUGAGAAGUGGAAUUACACUGGUGGCGAAAACCCAGGACAAGAUUGUAUCGUCGGCCAGCUUAUCAAGCGGCCGCAGAAGCCCAAGCACCAUGUGCUUACCACGGCUAUCACCAAUGGCAAGGGAGAGCACAGUACCACCAGCUACAAGCCCUUUAUCCAGGCCCAUGGUGGAGAUUACUUCUUCUCUCCAUCUAUCAGUCUUCUUCAGACUAUGGCCAAGCCUAAUCCCGUCUAA